AUGAAGAUCGCCACUACCAUCCUUGGACUUGCCGCGCUCGCCAUCGCUCAGUUCAACUACGACGACUGGCGUGCACCUGCCGAAGGUGACCUCCGCGGUCCUUGUCCUGCGCUGAACGCUCUUGCAAACCACGGUUUUCUUCCCCGUGACGGACGCAACAUCUCUCAAGCCGCCCUCCUCAAUGCCACCGCCGCCGUCAACCUCUCCGCCGAGGUGACAAUAGGCCUCUUCCUCGCUGCACUUAAGACCUCCUCAGACCCAGUCAGCGGUGCCUUCACUCUCCAGGACCUCAAGAAGCACAACAUUAUCGAGCACGAUGGCUCGCUUUCGCGCGCUGACGUCGGCACGCCCGGUGCGGGCGACCAAGAGUUCAACCACGAUGUCUUUAGCGAGUUCAAGAGCUUCUUUGGUGGCGCGAUGCAGAUCUCGCUGCCGCUUGCUGCGGCGGCGCGCUGGGGGAGGAUCAAGAGCGCGCACAAGAGCAAUCCACACUUCGUAUAUGGACCGGUUCAGAGGUUCAAUAGUUAUGCUGAGACGGCGGUGUACUUCUCGGUGCUUCUCGAUCCCGCCACUGGGACUGUGCCAUUAGAUUGGCUGGAGGUUUUUUUCUGUGAGGAACGCCUCCCAGCUCGCGAAGGCUGGCAUACACCGACUCCCAUCAGUGGUCUAGGUGCGGCUAGCGUCAUUUUGCAGCUGUCUAUGGCUACGGACGAGAAGAAUGCUGACCUGGUGUUGCCACCGACCAAGCGGGGGUUUUCGGGGUUCACGCAUACGGGAGAGAUAGUGCUGUAG